AUGGGUAAAGAUGAAGAUCAAGUCCAAACCCAGUGUGGGACCUGCCAGCUUGCGGCAGACAGGGAGGAAAGUUACACUGUAUUCAUUAGCGAGGAUUGGAGAAGCUCUUUCAUGCAGUACCUAACAGAAGGUAUCCUGCCACAAAGGCACAGUGAAAAAUACAAGUUUAAGAGGUUGGCAACACGUUACUUCUUGCAUAACGUGGUCCUUUUCAAAAAAGGAUAUGAUGGAGACCCUUUGAGGAUCAUCAGUGACAACGACACACCAUUUGUCAACAGUGAUGUAAGGAGAAUGCUAGAGUUCUACCAAGUCAAGCACCACAGGUCAUCACCUUAUUACCCUCAAGGGAAUGGGCAGGCAGAGGCAACAAAUAAAACUCUCAUAAAGAUCAUCAGCAAAAUGAGCCAAGAGAAUACGGGAGGAUGGGCAAUGCAGCUGUCGGAUGCUCUCUGGGCUUACAAAAAAUCACCAAAGUUAGCCACAGGCUUUUCACCAUUGUCCUUAGUCUACGGAACUGAAGUAGUGAGUCCGACAAAAAUAAUGACACUGUCCUUGAGGGUCAUGCAGAUGCGAGAAAAAGAAAAAGAGGGAGAAGUCUUCGUGGCAGAAAGGUUCAAGAACCUAGAAGAGCUUGAUGAAAAGAGAGAAGAAGCCCAGGAACGCAGCCGAAGAUACAGGCAAAAGAUGACUGAAGCCUACGGCAGGAUGACCAAGGAAAGAGUGUUUGCGGAAGGACAACUAAUGCUAAAGGUGGCAGACUAUGUUAGGCGAGGCCUAGCAGGACCAUCCAAGUUUACACCAAAGUGGGAGGGACCCUUGUGA